AUGAACAGCACAGCAACAAUGGAGAGCUCCGAUCCGAUCGCGUCGCGCGCGCAUCCCGCAGACACCAUUCCCGAUGAUAACAAUGAGCCAACGCAUCCGAACCAUACUGAUUCGAUGGUGACGGUCCCUUUAUCCGACGUACAGUCCAACUCCGAGCAUUCGCAGCCCGAUUGGAGGACGCUUAAUAUUCCUCCGACACCCGUCGAGUCGACUUUGCCCGGGGGGGAGGAGAUCUAUGAUGAAGGUAAUGUGGAAAGGGAGACAACGCCGACCCUGGGCUGGGUGAAAACGGAUUAUACUUCGGCCGCUCAAUCUGUUCGGUCCCGUAGCAGCGAAGAAUAUGAGCGAGGCGAGGCAGUUAACUGGGACGAAUUGGAUAAAACGGAAGAGCAAGAGCCCCGUGGUGAGGGAUCGGAUGAAUCGACUGCUCUUCUUUUGGCUCGGUUGGAGCAGGAGAACAAUGCUCUAGCGACGAAUCCCAAGUCUGUGAGCCGGCACCGACUGCAGACAAGGGCGUCGCGAGCGCAGUCGCUGCACCAAAUCAAGCGGUUGAUUAACGAGGACCCUCGAUCGUCUCUGCGAUACUCUCAGCUGCCUCCUCCUCCCAUGACUGAGCUCGAGUUCUGGGCUGCCUUGGUCGCGGAUUAUCCUCAGACGGCCCAGCGAUUGCCGACUUUGACGUCCAACAAAAUCCGCGGGGGUAUCCCCCCGCCGCUUCGAGGCGUCGUGUGGCCUAGCUUGGCUGGGGCUCGAGAUUCUUCAUUACUAGUCGAAUACGAGAGACUGUGCGGCGAAUCCAGUCCGUACGAAGGUUUGAUCGGGAAAGACAUUGGUCGCAGUUUUCCUAACGUGGAGAUGUUCCGGGACCCCCACGGCGAGGGGCAGCAGAUGCUGGCUAAAGUCUUAAAGUGCUUCAGUCUUUACGACACUAAGAUCGGCUACUGUCAGGGGCUGGGAUUUGUCGUUGGACCCUUGCUGAUGCACAUGACCGAUGCGGAAGCGUUCUGUGUAUUAGUACGGUUGAUGGAUCAUUAUGAUCUGCGGACAUGCUACCAACCCGAUCUAUCCGGUCUCCAUUUGCGCGUCUAUCAGUUCCAAAACCUCCUGGCCCGCCACCGUCCCUCUUUGUUCGCUCACCUGGAAUCCCUCAAUGUGGAGCCGAUCUAUGUGUCUCAAUGGUUCCUAUCCUUUUUCGCCGUCUCCUGUCCUCUUCCCAUGCUUCUCCGUAUUUACGAUGUCAUUUUCUUGGAAGGGGCGUGUGAGACCUUGAUGCGGGUCGCCCUGUCGCUGAUGCAGAGGAACGAGAAGAAGAUCAUGGCCUAUACUGAGUUUGAAGACGUGAUGCAAUUCUUGCUCUCGAGGAGCCUGUGGGAUACAUACGCUUGCCAUGCCGACGACUUUGUCAAUGACUUUGUCUCGCUGACGUCGCUGGUCACGAAGGAAAGUUUGCAGGCCUUGGAAGCCAGCUACAAUCAGUCGCAAGGGGUGCCAACCGGCAUCACUUUCCCUCAGAUGCAGGCGGCGGCGUCGAGAUUCCUGGGCCGGUUCUGGGCGGGAUCCGGCUCGCAGGCGAAGUCCUUCAAUCUCAACCCCAACAAUGGCAGUAUGUCUACUCGCGCCAGUGUCCGCCGGUCUGCAUCCAAACAGAGCAUGACCUCCACGCUCAAUUCGAUAGAAUCAACAUCCGACGCGAGUACGGCUCCGACGGAGCUCUCGGCAGAACCGCCCAAGCCACGGGCCAAGUCGGCCAUGUCGCACAACAAAGACCGUGAUCUGCACUCCCAGAUCGAGGAUCUGCUGAUGGCGCUCAGCGAUCUCCAGCGGCAGCAUGCGGAUCUUACACGGGAGCUUCAGCAGGAGCGCGAGGAACGGGAGGAGGACCAGCAACUGGCACAGUCCAUGCUGAAGUACAUCAAGGAGAUUGAGGCCGACGAUCCGCCGGCUGAGCUGAUUCGCAAAGCGGAAGAGCGAUUCGUGGCCUCGGGCAGCGCCAAGCGCGUCUCGAUUCCCCAGACGAAGCAGCAACUCCGGGAGGAUCUCAACCGGUGGAAAGAGAUGCACGAGAUCGAAGCGGGCCGGUGUCUCGAUCUGACGCGUCGCAUUGACGAACAUGAACAAGAGAACUCGUCGCUGCGAGAGCAGUUGCGCGAGGCUCGCAGUCGCAUCCAGGAUGGCUAUCGAGAUCGUCAGCGCCUGGAGAGAACCAUCCGGGAGCUACGGACCAUUAAGACGGCGACCCCCGACUCGCCGCCCGAGGCGUUUGGCUCGCCGACCAGUGACGCGGGAGAGACCCGGUCGCCCAGCGGGCUCCGCGAGCUCAAGCUGGGGCGAUCAAAUUCGCAGAAGAGCACGACGUUCAACAAGAGGUCGAGCAGUCUCGGACUGCAGUCGGUGCUGUCGACGGAGAACCACAAACCCGCCGCGGAGGAGACGCUGCUGCUGGAACUGGUGAACGCCAAGACGGCAGAGGCGGUGGCCAAACAGGAACUGGAAGAAGUCAAGGCGAAGCUGGACUCCUUGAGGAAGAUGAUCGGGGGACAAGCAUCGUUGGCCCGAAGCGAUUCGCGCAAUUCUUCCACCGGCCGGUCGUCGACGAAUCUCGCCAAAUCCGCUACUGAGCCGGUCCAUAGCGGAGGAGGAGGAUUCUUCAGUGGCUGGGGGCGUCGAGCCGUGUCGUCCAACGAUUCGUACACAGAAGCCAGGUGA